AUGCCUGCAAACAACUAUCCAACUGGUAUGAGCAAUGUAACUGCUCGACACUUUCAAAGAGUAUCAAGAGAUAUUCAACAAUAUAAUAAUGCAAACAAUCCAAGUACUGCACCGGCAGAACUAAUGACAGCAAGCGAUUUACUUCAAUAUCAUCACGAAUCAAACGCGGCUGUUAUGGCUCCAAGGUCUCCAUUGGAUUCAAUAAAUGCGUUUAUAGAACGUUUUAUAUAUGAUUUUUUAUUUUAA